AUGUCGGAUUCUGAUAGUAUACAAGCUUUAGAGAGAAAUCUAGAGCUACUCUUGGAUGAUUAUCGAGAUCUUCAAAGUCAUGAGAUCAGAACGUACGAUGAACCGCCUUCUUCCCUCGAAGCAUUGAGGAUGAUCAGUCGAUCGCAUCCAGCUGUAAUUAGAGGCUUUUCACCUUUGACUCCCGCUGCGCAAUGUCAUGAUUGGAGCAGGUCUGCUGUCUACGAGACAUUAUCGGAGAACAGGAAGAUCACAGUAGCGGUGACUGAUGAUGGAUUAGCUGAUUCAGUAAGAGAGCUUGACGAUGGUACAUCGACUUUCGUAAAGCCGUUUGGGGAGAAAACGACCAUAUCAGAAUUGAUAUCUCGCCUUAGAUCAAGAGACGAUGAAGGGGAAGCCUACUAUCUUCAAUCUCAAGAUGGGAAUGUUUAUCGUUCAACACCUCAUUCAUCUGGGUUUCCUGAGCUUGAAGUAUUUCAGAAAUACAUACACAGAGAUGUGUCAUGGAUGAAAGAGGCUACGAGCACGGAAGCUGAAGCUGUGAAUCUGUGGAUUGGAGAUAAGAAAAGUACAACUUCACUACAUCAUGAUCCAUACGAGAAUAUCUAUCAUGUUUUAGCUGGAUCAAAAACCUUUACUCUUCUUUCACCUAUAGAAGGCCUAUGGCUUGACCAACACUUCCACCCUUCUUCCACACUGCAUCGAUCGACUUCUGGCUCACUGGUACCUGUUCUUGAUCCUGCGCCAACAUAUCCUGUACCAUGGGUCUCAUCCACUCACUUGCCUCCUCGCGUUCAACCGAUAAGAGUGACGCUGCAAGAAGGAGAGACUCUGUUCUUGCCUGCGAAUUGGUGGCAUCGCGUAGAGCAAGAAGAAAGGGAAGCAGGAAUUGUAGUAGCGGUGAAUUACUGGUACCCUUCUGAAAUACAUCCACAGAAUUACGCUUAUGAGAGAUUAGCGAGACGUAUGGCUAGGCAAGCCGGUAGACAAGGUGUCAUACCUGUUCCCGGGGAUGAAGAAGUCUCGGAUGAUGUUUGGUGUUCUGAUGAUUCUGGAGAAGAGUGGAAUCCAUCUGAUUGGGGUAGAUGA